UCCUCCUCUCCCACUCUCUCUCUCCAGCACAACUUCCCUGGAAGCUCCGGCUCCAGCUCCUUCCACACUGAUCCUGGCUUUCUCCACUGUCAUCCGAGAUCCUCCUCAGGCUUUCACUGUUUACUCACCAUCUGCCUGGCAACCAUCUGUGUACCCAGGAUUACCAGAGGCCUUCUCUUUCAACACCACCAUCUCUGCCUUCCUUCAACUGGCUUUCUUUUAGAAUUAGGGGAUCUGGAGGUCUGAACUGAGAGGAGGUGCAGAGGAGGACUGGGUCUUACAGUGCCCAUAUCCCUGAUUCUUUCUCAUCUCUUCUUGCUUGUUGUUUGGAGAGUUUUUGGUGAAGGAAAGGGGAUUUGGAGGACACCCCAAACCAUGGAUCACUCUCUUUUUGGUUGUCUACGUAACUGUCAUGUCCUGGCCCAGGGCCUACACCCUGCCAUGACCCAAUCACCACUGACCCUGCACAGCCGGACUGACCACGUCUCUAACUUGGAUCUACCCAGCUCCUCGCCUCCCUGUGGCUACCCGGGAGAAGAGGACAAUGGGGUGUUUGGUGGUGCAGCCCACCGAAGCCACCUGCUCCAGCAGCAGCACCCUCUCCAUCCUCAGCCCCCACCCAGCUUGCCCAUCCCCUCACAGAUGCUAACGCCAAACAGUCGUAACAAUGUAUGCCUACCACUGCUCAAAGCCACGGCACCAGAACUGUGCUCAGAAGGCUUGGACCUGUGUGGCACCAACACUGGGAUGGACAGUGGUGACCCCACAAGAAUGUCUUGUGUUUCUGGGGAGUUUGGCUGGCGGAGACUGUCUUCAGAGGACCCCGUCAGAGGGAACAGUACGGAUAAGAAUGAUAGCUUGGAGUCCCAAGACAGGAGCUAUAAGUCAGACAUGAAUGGCAAGCCCAGGAAGGAGCGCACAGCCUUCACCAAAGAACAGAUCCGGGAACUGGAGUCUGAGUUUGCACACCACAACUAUUUGACCAGACUGAGACGCUACGAAAUAGCUGUCAACCUCGACCUCACGGAACGACAAGUGAAGGUGUGGUUUCAGAACAGGAGGAUGAAGUGGAAGCGUGUGAAGGGAGGCCAACAGGGGGUAGCGGCACGAGAGAAAGACCUGAUGAAUGUAAAAAAGGGGAGGUUACAGCAAUCAGAGUUUUCAGGGGUGAUGGGAUUUCAGUGUUUGGCCAGUUUGCCAAGGCUGGCAACCGAGGAGGACAGUCACGACAGCAACCAGAGCUCAGAGCACCCUCACCUAUGACCUCCCUUGGACUUGCUCCUCCCAAGGAAAGUAUUGUUGGACAGGACAAAAACAUUGGUGAGACAUGUAAAUGCUACAUCUAUACAGCUUGCUGUAAAGUGAGGCUCAGAAAACAUUCCAGAAAUGAUUUCCAUUUAGAAGGGGCUUGGAUUUUUCCCUGCUGAUGAUUUGCUUCAGUCACAUUCUACUGUCAAACAGUACAAAAAUGUUUAAGUGUGUAGCUGAACUGAAAUUAUUUAUCAAAAUCAAUGAGGUCCUAAGAUUGUAACCACUUUAAACUCAAAUUUCUUAUUUUUUGCAUUUUAAAAUACUAUAAAUUUGUCCUCUUGUUUUGCAUCUCGCACCCUCUGAAAGUCUACAUGCCUUUUACCUGCAAAACCCUGGAUUUCCAAAUCAAAUGAACCAGACAAAUGCAAAUAAUGGCUUGGUGGCGAUUUCUUAGCAUGUAUACACACCAUUGGGAAAUACAGGCAACUGCCUGAAGCCCCUUAUUAUGAUGUUUACAUAUAAAACAUAUUCUAUUAUAGUUCCAAGGCAUAUGUACCCUGUAAUAUUUUUCAAAAUGCCUUCAGAGCACUUCAUUUAAUGCUGGUUCUCUUUCCUCCUCCUGUAAAAAAACAACUCCAUAGGUAGCAAGCAGCUUAUUGCAACCCAUGAUUACAGUUUAUUCUAGCAGUCAUAGUAAUCAUGACAGGAGCAAAGGAGAAAGUUAGAUGAUGUAGUACAAAGAUCAAAGUCGGUUUGUUUCUCAUGUGAAACGGUUAACAUUGUUUGUGUGCCUAAACCAGCUGUAUUGUUGUAGGUAUAUUGUGAGUUUAGGGGGAGGAUCAAACAAAGCCAUCAGGGGGUUAGGUUCAAUAGUUGUGUCAAAGGUUUUUCCAAGACUUUUAAAUACACUAGACCAAAAGUCAGUCAAACUUGGGCAUGUUGCAAAAAUAAAUAAAAAUAUAGUCCCACUCCACCCUAUCGGAUGCCUUUUCUCUAUUCAGAGCUACUCUGAUUUCAGGAAUGUUAGAUGAGGGAAUAAUAUUAACUAACCCCCUAGAAUUAAAGAAAGGGGGUCUCCUGGAUGUAAAACCUGUUCGGUCCAGCAAAAUUAUGGAUGGCAUCACAUUUUGGAGGUGAAUGUCCAGUAUCUUCUACACUCACUCUACAUUUAAAAGUAAAACUGAUCUUAAGCUAAUGCAAAAGUUGGAAUUCCUUCCUUCAGAACCAAGGAGAUGACUUCCAUAGACAAAGUCUGUCUAUAUGUGGUGGCCCUGCAAUGGACUGAUGAUCUGGACAGGGUGUACCCUGCCUCUUGCCCAGUGACAGUUGGGAUAGACUCCAGUACCCCUGUGACCCUUGACAGUGGUAUAGAUAAUGAAUGAAUGAAUAAUGACUCUAGAAGAGUCCUUGGGGGAAUUCAGGGGCAUUCAGAAGUGUGAAGUGUUCAAAGAAAGACCUAUAAUAGAUAAAAGAGAAAAACGACCACUAGCCAAUUUGAUUCUGGAAAUUAUUAACUGCAUAGGCAGCCCCUCUGUUCAAAGAAAUAUCUCUCUCUCUGCAUGUCAUCAACAGGUCAAGUUCUGAUAAUUUUUUAAAGCUUGAGGAAGGGAGAGGAGUCACCAUUUCCAUCCAAUGUGAGAAGCUCUUUUUUUUUUUUUUUUUUUGAUUCCUGACAGUCUAGCCUAUUAGCCCCUUUUAGCCCCUUUCAACUUGAAUUCCCACAGGCUCUUAGCUCUGUUGUUCUCAACCAUUUUCAGUGGUAUGUCCCAUCAGGACUUGGGGUCUCCUAAUCCAUACUCAACACAGAUGUUACUACACUAUACUACACUACACUCUCUUUUUUACACACUCUCAGACAGCUUAGACUGAGAGAGUGUUUUGGGACUCAUCAACCCAGAUUGGUGGCAGGUGAGGGAGAAAGUUUGUUUGGAAAGAUGCCACUGGGAAGAGGCAGACACCAGGGCACAAGAGGGGAAAAGGACUGAAAAUGGACAUUCAACUCAUACCACCACUUUUCAAUUAUUCACACUUAAACUGAACGUCCUGGAUUGGAGAACGAGCUAGCUGCUGGAACCAGGACAGACGUUGGAAGGUACCGUUGGGUUGAUUCCGCCAUUCCUGAGGAACACGAACCAGCCAUACUGGGUGAGCCCAAACACACAACCCCCUCUAGUUAGGAAAGUAAUACACUCACCCAGGUAAGAACAGGCCAAUACAUUCACGUCUCCGCAACAUGUAGGGACAGACAGACCUUUGCUAGGUGUUGGGCUAGCUACCUGAAGGGGAUUAUGGACUGGUUUGCUCUCUCCUCUCUAACUCUUAUUGCAACUUCUCAAUGAGUGAGUACUUUAAAUAUGGGGUCUGCAAAUCCCAAACAGAACAGAGAUAUUCAAAGGAGUUCAACAGAGGAAACACCAGUCAAUACCAAAUGUUACACUUGGAUAUGGUAACAACACCUUAAGAGUUAUCCAAAUAAGCAACCAAUCCUGAGUGUUACGACUGAAAAUGGCAAGCAACUACUUAACCUCUGUCCUGAUAAACAGUUCACAGUGUU